AUGUGCAAACACACCUACCACCAUUAUCCCAGCUGCGGACACAUCUCCAACUGGAGCAUGACCAGCUGCCAAGAAUACACCAACAAGCUCCGCCUGGCCGGUCCGGAGGGCAGCGCAUCCUGCACCAAGGUCACACCCUCCCACGACCUCCUCCUCUCCGCCCAGCCCAGCAUGUGCGUGCAGUGCGAGAGCGAGUGGGCUGAGAACCUCCCCUCUCACGGAGACGACCAGAUCCAAUCCUCCAACUCUUACCGGUCAAUUGAGGGUAUGGAGGUUAGGCAAAUUAUCGAAGUUAACGCGCGCAUAGUGAGUGAUCCUACUCACAACGACAGGGACACAAGCAGUACUGACCACAGCGACAAUGGUCAGGUCUUCUUGGGUGCUGCCGUUGAUUAUUCGGGCAAUGGGGACGCGGACGGUGCUGGCCACAGCGACAAUGGUCAGAUCUGCUCGCGUGCUGUUGUCGGCGAAUCGGAGGAGGAUUGUGGAAGCCUGGCGCGUUCUGAUAAGUCGUCUAGAACGGCUUUUAAGCUCUCUCAUACUAACCUCAGUUCAACGGUGGUGGCUGGAGAUCUUGAUUCUAUUGCCUCUCCUAUCGUCAGGACUAGUCCGGAUCAUCUCGCACAGAGCGGACACGAAAACGACAAUGUUGAGACUGAAUCUCCGGGUAUCGAGGAUGAUGUAUGUGCAUCUCCCAGCGAUGCAAGCAGCUUCGACACAGACAGUUCUGGCUCGUCGCUCUGUGGAUCCGGUUUGAUAAGGUAUAAUAUACUUAAACUGAGAAUUGACGAAUACCUUGAGAAGCGACAGCGACAACGGGAAGUGGACACUGAUAAUGGACAGCGCGAUGCUAAGACCUCCGAUGUGGACGUGAACAAUGACCUUGCUGACGUAGUUGACCCCUAUGUUGCUCUAAAGGACACACCUGUUGAUAACCCUGAAGCUGACCAUCACUCAUGUGAGGAGUCCGUUCUUGAUAUUGACCUUGUGCAGCAACGUAUCGAAGCGACCGUUCUAAAGCGCAUUGAAGAAAACAACGAAAAAGAAGCCCGACAGGAAGCCAUCACCAAGCUCCUCGACACCGCACUUCUAAAAAAAGACCGAGACGACCGACGCGAGCAGAACGCCGAGCUGGGCAUCGAAGAGGACCCCCAUCUGUGGGACACAGAGUCCCUCGACCGAAUGUGGCAAGCAAAAAAUUAUACUACUGCAAGCAUCGCUGGCGCCAGCACCCCCGUCUCCCAGAGCACAUCCCCCAAGACCGAACAUGCCUCACCAAUCCCAGUCCCAGACCCCCAGCCCCAGAAGCACCUGUACAUGGGCAGUAUGUUUGCCAGCGAAGAAGAGGCCUACGAACGAGGACUACGCGAAGUCCGACCCUACGGUAAUUACUCCGGUGAGUCUGAAGGGUUCAUGCUCGUUCACUCCGAAGACGACGCGAACCAGCAGGGCCUGCUAGACCCGACCCACGUGCGAGGAUGCUGCGCGGAGCGACCCGUCGACUUCCACCUCUACUACGGGGCGAUGCAAGCACCGUCGGAGAUCGAAGCAGAAAAACGUUGGCUGGAGGAUAUCCGGCGGAUCCCCGGCGAAAAUGGGAAGUUCCACGGGUUGUUGCGGGCGGAUGAUCUGCAGCAUGCCCGGGCAAUGGGACUAACGAAUAUCAGCCAUCCGUGGGGAUGUUGCAAGGAUGCGCUUUUUACGAUGCCGGAACGUGUGCGUCAUCGGUACACUGGGUUUAUGUGUGCGAUCUCACUGGAGGAGGUUGGACGUAUGGGACUGUGUGAUGCGGAACCGGUUCCUGGAGAAUGUGGUGAUUACUAUGGUGGGGCUUAUUAUGGGUAUCUUGAGGCAUAUUGUGAGUUGGAUGCUUUUGAGAUGGGAUUGAAGGAGCCUGAACAUGAUGAGGAUUGUUGUGUGAAGGCCGAGGUUGCCGAUGUGUCGAUCACUAAGGCGGGGCAGUACACGUAUUACGGUUAUAUGUAUGCGAGGUCUGAAGAAGAGGUUGUGAAUAGGGGCCUUGAGGAAGUUCUGCUUGUUCCUGGAUUUGAUAUUAAGUAUUCUGGGAAUUUACGGGCGGACUCCGAGGAAGAGGCGAAGGCUUUGGGACUUUUUGAGCCUUCACGGAUUAAGUGA